AUGAACGAGUUUAAUCAAUCUGAUCACUGUGUGCAUUUCUCCUGUCCAAAAAGAUCUGCAUCUAAUGCAGUUUAUAUCUUACUGUAUGUGUGUUCAGCUACUGUGGUUCUCCUAACAGUGUGGGGUAAUCUGCUCAUCAUUAUCUCUGUUUUUCACUUCAAACAGCUUCACACACCGACUAACAUGCUCGUGCUUUCCCUUGCGGUGUCGGAUUUCCUUGUGGGUGCUUUAGUGAUGCCACCUAUGUUAAUCUGGACAAUUGAGUCAUGCUGGAUAUUUGGAAAUGUUUUGUGCAUCAGUUUCUUGGUAAUUGCUGGUUUCUGCAUGACCAUAUCAAUCUAUAAUGUUACUCUGAUAGCUGUGGAUCGGUAUUUGGCUCUUUCAAACCCAUUUCUGUACACAAACAAGAUCUCGACAAGAACUACAUGCAUUGUAGUUCAUUUUAUUUGGUGUAUAUUGGCAUUGUAUGUCACUGCAUUUUAUUAUUUUACUGGAACUAUUUCAAGUUCUGUAAUGUGUCCUGGAGAGUGUUUUUAUUUGCUGACUGAGGUUUGGUCUGAAAUUGAUCUAAUAAUUUCCUUUAUAUUUCCACUUUCUAUCAUAAUCAUCUUGUAUACUUUGGUUUUUCUGAUUGCCAAGAAACAUGCCACUGCUAUUAGAGAGCUUAAUAAUUACACACGGCCUAAAACACAGAAAAUCACCUCACACUCAAUGAAAUCUGAGAGAAAAGCAGCAAAGGUCCUUGGCAUUUUGGUGUUUGUGUUUCUUGCAUGUUUACUUCCAUAUUUUAGUUACAGUUUAUUAGGGACUGCUAUUGAACCUCAGACAGAAACAUUAUUGAACUUUUUGGCUGUGGUUCAUCUUAAUUCCUGCAUUAACCCUUAUAUUUAUGCUUUAUUUUACCCAUGGUUUAGGAGGUGCAUUAAAUUAGUUAUAACACUGCAAAUAUUUCAAAGAGACUCUGCAUUUAUGAAUAUUCUUUUAUGA